UCAGUCUAUUGUUGAACGUCUUAUCGAUAAGACGUUUGAAAAUUACGGCUAAAGUUAAAAUUUUAAAGAAAAUCAUAGUUUUUGAAUAAAUAGAUAUUUUCAAAAUGGCAGUAAUUGAUACAGAAAAUGCAGCAGAAGGUCAAAUACCAACUGAAAAAGAUGCUUCCAGUGGUAACCUUAAAGUUCCGAAACCCAAAAAGAAAAAGAGCAAAUCUCCGGGUAAACAGGAAAGAGGAAGCGAGGAACCUGCUGCUGAAAACAGAGCUGGUAGUAUGACUCCGGCACCGAGAAGUAGUCGCAGUAAAACACCGUUAUCUAAUUAUUUCCAAAGACGUAGCGAGGAUCCCUCUGCCCCAUUCAAAAUUCGCAGUAUAACACCUUUUAUAAAUAGACAAUCAAAAGAAAAAACUCCUUUUGAACUUGGAAAAGAUAUUCGGGAUCAAUUAAUUGCUCAUAAAAUGGUAUUUGAUAGAGCUUCGUAUAUGGAUAUUAGUGAUGACGCUAAUUACGAACCAGCUCGAUAUAUAACUUCAGAUGUCGCGGUAGUAGAUCGUGCUUCUGUUAUGGAUAUAUCAAACGUUGAAGUUGUAUAUAUGAUAGAAGAAUAUGAUGACGUAGAUUACGAUGCGCAGGCACAAACUGAUGGGCUUGAUGAAACUAAAAAGAAAAAAGCAAAAAAAUCUUCUCGGAAAAGUAAAUCUGUUUCGAUUGCUCCAUCGGAAAAAGAAGGAACAGAAGGAAGUCCAAGUGCGAGUGUCGAAAGAGAAUCACCAAAACCGAAAACAAAAACUAUUAAAAAAAAGGUUGCCAAAAAAGGAAAGGACGAUGAUGAAGAAGAAGAAAGAUCACCAUCACCAGUGCAAUUGCCGAAAUUAAAAUUAGAACUUGGCGGUGGACCAAAAGUGAAUAAAAAAUUAUUUGAACAAAAACCUGCACCACCAACGACUGGACCAGAAGCCAAACCACCACCGAAGAGAGCAAAACCAUCGGUAGUUCAAAUGGAAGGGCAACAGAAAAAAGGUAAAGAAGAAGCAGAAAAGAAAGACCAGGAAUCAGAAUCACGCGAUGGAUCAGAAAUAAAAUCAGAUCGUGAAUUGAGCGUAAAUCCAGAGGAUGAAGAUUAUCUAGAAGAUGAAGAAAAAGAAGCAACACCAGAACCUGAACCAGAACCAACAGAAGAAGAAUUAGCAGCAAGAGAAGCUGCCCGUUUGGAAAUGGAACGACUGGAGGAAGAAAAGCGAGAAUGGGAACGUAAAGAAAGGGCGAGAAUAAAAAUAUUACGUGACCAGAUGGCUGAAAUUGAAAAAUGGAAUCGCAUUCGCGAGGAAGAAGGUGUUACAUUCAUGAAUCGUAUUAAAAGGUUUAUUGCACAAAAACGAAAUGACCCGACAAAUCCAUGUUUUGUAAAUCACUUACCAAAUGCAACUGUUAUGGAAGGUAAAAAUGUUAGAAUUUCAUGUUCAGUCAAUGGAACUGAUUUAGAGAUAAAAUGGUAUAAAAAUGGUAGAGAAAUUCAUCCAGACGACAAAUAUAUAAUGUCCGUAAAUUUGUACGACAUAUUAUCCCUUGAAAUUUUAAAUUGUUUAAAGGUCGAUUCAGGCGAAUAUACAUGUAUGAUAUUUAACGGAAAUAAAAGAGCUUCAUCAACCUGUUUUGUAGGGGUAUAUGAUGUUUCAAGUUGGAAGGAUGAACCAUGUCCACCUAAUAUUGAUGCAGUCGAAGAUAGUUAUCAUUGUGUUAACGAUGAACUUACAAUUGAAUGUCGCGUCCAUGGUACUCCGAGACCAGUUGUAACAUUUUACAGAGAUGAUGUUGAGCUUAAAACGAAUCAAAUUUAUACUGUAGCUGAGAAAUCCCAUGGUGUCCAUGCCUUAAUGAUUAAAAGUCCAACACCACGUGAUACUGGUAUUUACGUAAUCAAAGCUACUAACACAAGAGGAGAACAUAUACGAAAACAUAUUGUAGAAUUUCUUAUUAGUACAGAAAAAGUUGUUUAUUAAAUAAUUCUAAUUUCUCUUAUUAUUGUUGGGAAGUGAUAAUAUUCAAAAAUUUGGGAAAUAAAUAUAAUGUAAGUUUUAUAAAAAACAGAA